UAUGUAGAGAGAGAAAAAUAGAAAGAGAGAGAAAAAGGUGAGAGGUUUAUAUGUAUGAGUGGAGUUGAGUGUAAGCGUGGGAGAGAGAAGAGAGAGAGAGAGAGAGCGGCAGUUGAAGGAGAGGAAAAUCAACAACGGGUUUUCAUUUCAUCAGUUUUGUAUUUCUGCGAGAUUUUUUCCCCUUACAUCGGAGUUUUUGGGUAUUUUUGCUUCUGUUGAUUUUUGAGGGUUUGGUCGAAUCAAAUCUGAAGAAUCAACCUCCUCCUGCUUUUCUGAAGCUUUGAUUUGCGGAAAAAAGUUUGUAUAAACCGACUGCUUGCUUUUUCCGUGAGAGGAUUGAGGCCAUAGAAUUUCGGGGGAGGGUUUCCGAUCUCGUGGAGGCGAAAAAGUCUGAAACAAAUUCAUUCACAAUCCAGUGUUGAUUCUGUGCACCGGAGCGAGAGUCAAAAGAUUUUGGUUGAAAAGAUACUCAUCUCAUCUCUCAGAGUCCGCCCAGUCAUGAGCUUCUUGUGUUGCUUCCCCAACCGCCAUAUCAGAGCUGAAUUCCAAACCAAAUCAGAUUCGCCUCGAUUCGACUAAUUUAUGUCGAAUUAGCCUCUCGAUUUCACGAUUCUGAUGCGUCUCGAGCACGAGGAUUUUCGUAUGAUGAUUCCUGAAUCACAAAAUUGUUGAACAGACGGCGAACUUUUUAGGAUUGGUAGAAUAUUUCUUGAGCUCUGCAAUGUUUAAUUUUAUGGAACCUAAGGAGAAAGCCAAAGAAGGUGAGAAAUGCUUAGAUUCUCAGCUAUGGCAUGCCUGCGCCGGCAGUAUGGUCCAAAUGCCGCCAGUAGGUUCUAAGGUGAUUUACUUUCCUCAAGGACAUUUAGAACAUGCUUCUGCUGGAAAUGCCGAUCUUAGGAACUGUCCGAGGUUUCCAGCCUACGUGCCGUGUAAAGUUUCUGAGGUUAAAUUCAUGGCAGAUCCUGAUACAGACGAGGUUUUUGCUAAGAUCAGGCUGUCUCCAAUGGCCAGGAACGAGGCUAAUUUCGACGGCGAGGGUGCCGUUGGUUUCGACGGGAAUGAGAAUCAGGACAAGCCGGUGUCGUUCGCCAAGACAUUGACGCAGUCGGACGCGAACAACGGCGGCGGUUUCUCGGUGCCUAGGUACUGCGCCGAGACGAUAUUCCCUCGUCUUGACUACUCCGCGGAUCCUCCGGUUCAGACGGUCCUCGCCAAGGAUGUUCACGGUGAGGUUUGGAAGUUCAGACAUAUUUACCGAGGGACGCCGCGGCGGCAUCUGUUGACGACUGGAUGGAGCACUUUUGUGAACCACAAGAAGCUUGUUGCCGGCGAUUCGAUUGUCUUCUUGAGGGCAGAGAACGGAGAUCUCUGCGUCGGAAUCAGACGUGCCAAGAAAGGGAUCGGCGGCGGUCCCGAAGUCCCGCCGGAUUGGAAUCCGAUGGGUGGUGGGAAUCAUGUUCCGCAGUAUAGAGGAUUUUCGGCGUUUUUGAGGGAAGACGAGAGCAAGAUGAGUAGAAACGGCGGCGGGAACGAUAACAGAAGUUUGAUGAGCUCCGGACGGGUUAAGGUCGAAGACGUUAUCGACGCAGCGACGCGCGCGACCACCGGACAGCUGUUCGAGGCGGUUUACUAUCCUCGCGCCAGCACUCCCGAGUUCUGCGUUAAGGCCGGGCUCGUAAAGGCUGCUCUGCAAAUCCAUUGGUGUUCGGGGAUGCGGUUCAAGAUGGCGUUCGAGACGGAGGAUUCGUCGCGCAUAAGCUGGUUCAUGGGAACGAUUUCUUCCGUUCAAGUCGCCGAUCCCGUUCGAUGGCCCGAUUCGCCUUGGAGACUUCUCCAGGUAAGAUGGGACGAGCCCGAUCUGCUACAAAACGUGAAACGCGUAAGCCCGUGGCUUGUCGAAUUAGUUUCGAAUAUCCCGGCGAUGCAUCUCUCCCCGUUCUCGCCGCCGCAUAAGAAGCUGAAACUGCCGCACCACCCGGAAUUCCCUCUCGGACAACAGCUUCCCUUGCCGGCGGCGGCAUUUUCAGGCAACCAUUUCCUCGGUCCUAAUCCGAACAACGCGUUCACCUAUCUUUCGGACAACAAUGUACCUGCUGGCAUGCAGGGAGCCAGGCACGCUCAAUAUGGUUUAUCUUUACCGGACGUCCAUCUCAACAAACUCCAUUCGGGUUUCGCCGCCGCAGUCGGUUUUCAGCCUUUCGAUCGAGCUUCCGUGCCUGCCGGAGAAUCAAAUCUCCUCAUUCCGCCGCCUGGCAGUACCGAGACUGAUUCGUGCCUUCUAACGAUCGCGAAUUCGGGUCAGAAAUCGGAGAACAGGAAGGCUGCAGCCCCAUUCUUGCUCUUCGGGCAGCCAAUACUUACGGAGAAACAGAUAUCGAUGAGCUGCUCCAGCGACACCGUCUCGACUCCCCGCACCGUAAACAGCUCUUCCGAUUGCAAUGUGGAUAAAAUCGGGAAUAGCUCCGACGGGUCGGGUUCGGGUGUCAAUCGAAACGACGCCCCCGAGCGAUCGUCUUGCGAAGGAUUCCAAUCCCAGCUCAGCUUGCAAAGUGGCCAGUGCAAAGUUUUCAUGGAAUCCGAGGACGUCGGGCGAACGCUUGACCUUACUCUUCUCGGCUCCUACGAAGAACUCAACCGUAAAUUGGCCGACAUGUUCGGGGUAGAGAAUCCCGAAAUCGUGAACCACGUCCUCUAUCGAGACGCCGCGGGAUCGGUCAGACAACUCGGAGACGAACCGUUUAGUAAUUUUGUCAAGACAACGAAACGAUUGACGGUUGUGGCGGAUUCUGGCAGCGACAAUGUAGGUGUGUAGCCGGCGACCCGACCUGACCUGACCUGACCUGACGAAUAAUCGAAAGAUCGAAUUCUGACAUCGGGAAGGAACAGAGGUAUUGUAAGUGUUCUAAAUCAUGGUAUGAUCAAACGUUAUGGUUGUCUUCUUCUUCUUCUUGACGUGAGAAUUCUUUUGGUUUUGAGUUUGUCUGAAUUAGAAAAUGAAUUUUAAGGUUUCGGGGAAGUGUUUGUUAAUGGUGAGAUUGAUUGAAGAUAUUCGAACGAAUGUCUGAAGAAGAAGAAGAAGAAGAAGAAGACUUGAGAACUAAUUUCACAGUUGAUUGGCGAUCAAGUCAGUUUGUCUGAAUAAUUAAUUAAUUAAUUAUUGUAAAUUUGGUGGUUUUGAUUUAUAUCUAGUGAACAAGUUUGGAUAUGUAACUGUAAAUUUUGAGGUCUUUACUUUUGUCUCGUUAUUUAUUUAUUUAUUUUAUGUUUUGGUAAAAA